AUGAAUUUCCGGGGAGGUUGUUGCAUAGCGAGAUACGGAGGAGGCGGCGAUGGUGGUGGUGGUGGCGGCGGGGAAUAUGAUAUGACGAAGGUGGAUCGGAUUAUGCUCCGGUACCGUCCGAUUGCUCCGAGACCAGAUUCCGGUGGAUCUUCUUCGUCGCCGGUGGAUACAGUUUCACCUAAAACCCGGAGAGGUAAGAGAAAAUAUUUAAAAGAGAAUAGUAGCAGCAGUGGCGGAUCUAUUAACAGUAACGGUAACAGUAAACGGCGGAGAAAGGAAGAGCCUAAGAACGGAUCUGAGAUAGUGACGUUGCCUCUUCUACCGGAAGCUCCUGAGAGGAAGGUUUCUCCGCCGUCGCAGGCUAGGGUUUCAUCUCCGGCUUCGUUGUGGCUGAGCUUCGGAGAUAACGGACGUUAUCAAAAGGCGAUGAAGGAUUCAGAUCUGACGGCUGAAGUAAUAACGGAGAGAACGGAAACCGUUGUGUCGUCAUUGUUGACGGUAGAGUGCGUAACGGAGGGGGAGUACGAGAUUGGGUGUACGGACGAGGAGAGGAAGAUGAAUCUGGAGAGAGACAUGUGUCCUGGUUUCAUAUCGGACCGUUCAGGGAGAGUCAUUUGGACGAAUCGUUCGUACAGAGAGUUAGUGAUUGGGAAAGAGGAGAAGUGUAUAAGGAAGAUGAGUGUGUGGCUUGUGAUGAAGGAGAAGCCUUUGCUAACGCAACGGACGUUCACCUGUAGAAUGAGAUUGCAGUACACGUGUUGUAAUAAUGAAGUGAGUUCGAUUACUUCGCCUUGUGACGUUUGGAGGAUGAUUGACGGUGGCUUUGCGUGGCGGCUUGAUGUUAACGCUGCACUUUGUCUUGGACGGUGA